GGAGCAGUCUUGAUUGACUGACCUAGUCUCCCUCCCUGCCACGCCUCAUUCUCACUUUCUCAGACCACGCUUCCGGUCCUAUCAGUUUCACCUUCACUCGUCCACUUUGACUUCAGCCAUUCACUUCUACUUUCUGCUCUCGUCCUCGGCUUCUAUUCUCUCUCCUCUUUGUCUACGCACGGCGACGUUGUUGGAGGUCAGGCCGUGAGGGGCUAUAAUAUAAUGGCGGCGAUUUCCAUCCCAUGGUUCUAGUCACCGCGAAGUUUAAUUCUCUGACAAGUUGGGCCUCCCAUCUUUUGAGUAAAAGACGUGUUUACCUCAAGCCUAUGCAUUGAGCACCUGUUCAUCACGUCUAACAGCUAGUAAAUCUUCUUCCUUUGUUGGAAUUGGACGAUCCCCACUACACUAUGACACGACUAUCAAGCAUUAUUCCGCAUUUUUCGACUGAAGCUUUGAAGUAGAGAAAAAAGGCGCACAGAAGAAGACGGUGCUCCUCACUAUCUCAGUCUUUGGGGACUCUCACUGCAUGUUAAGAGGUAAUAAUAUCACCAAUUGCCUUUCAGUUUGCUCUUCUAAAGAACAUGGCUGCUGCUGGCGAAAUUGGGGCUGCUGAAUUCCUUCAGGGUACAUGUAGACAAAGUCUGUUUUUAGUGAAGAAAUCUCAUUGGCGGAGGAGUAAUUUGCUCUGGGGUACAGUUUGGAGUAGAAGACAAGUAUGGGGUUCCACUAGAAAAGCCUUAUCUUUGAGUUGCCAAGCUCAAACAAAUCCUCAAGCUGUGGUUGCUGGGGGUGCCAGUAGUUUAGUAGAUGAUCAGUCUAGCUUGGUCGUGAAGCCUGCGUCGGAAAUUCUUCAUUUUUAUCGGGUUCCAUUAAUCCAAGAAAGUGCAGCUGCUGAACUUCUUAAAGAGAUUCAGAACAAAAUCUCUGAUCAGAUAGUGGCUUUGCAAACAGAGCAAUGUUUCAAUGUUGGUAUUGAAACAGAACUUUCAAGUAAAAACCUAUCAGUGCUUAAAUGGAUUCUUCAAGAAACAUAUCAGCCUGAUGCAUUGCAAACUGAGAGCUUUCUUGAAAAAAGAAGGGAGCAAGGUUUGAGGAAUGUUAUAAUAGAGGUUGGCCCUAGGUUGUCAUUUACCACAGCCUGGUCUACCAAUGCUGUUGCAAUUUGCCGUGCAUGUGGAUUGACGGAGGUGACACGUUUGGAACGUUCAAGGAGGUACUUAUUACACAUCCAGGGUGAUUUAGAAGAUUAUCAAGUCAAUGAAUUUACAGCAAUGGUGCAUGAUAGAAUGACUGAAUGUAUUUACAGUCAGAAGCUAACAUCUUUUGAGACCAAUGUGGUUCCAGAGGAAGUAUAUUUUAUACCCAUCAUGGAGAAGGGGCAGAAGGCAUUAGAAGAAAUUAAUCAAGAAAUGGGUUUAGCUUUUGAUGACCAGGAUAUACAAUACUAUACUAAACUUUUCAGAGAUGAUAUUAAGCGUGAUCCAACUAAUGUUGAAUUGUUUGAUAUUGCUCAAUCCAACAGUGAACAUAGCAGGCAUUGGUUUUUUACUGGAAAGAUGAUCAUUGACGGGCAACUAAUGGAUAACUCAUUGAUGCAGAUUGUGAAAAGAACUUUACAAGCAAAUCCAAAUAACUCAGUUAUUGGAUUUAAGGAUAACUCUAGUGCAAUUAGGGGUUUUCCAGUGAAACAGUUGCGACCAGUUCGGCCGGGGUCAGCAUGUCAAUUAAACCCAACGGCAUGUGACCUAGAUAUCUUAUUUACAGCCGAGACUCAUAAUUUUCCAUGUGCAGUUGCUCCUUAUCCUGGUGCAGAGACAGGUGCAGGAGGUCGCAUUAGGGAUACACAUGCCACAGGAAGAGGUUCUUUUGUACAGGCAGCCACAGCUGGUUAUUGCGUUGGGAAUCUCAACUUGCCAGGGUCUUAUGGUCAAUGGGAAGACUCAUCCUUUACUUAUCCUUCAAAUCUAGCAUCACCUUUGCAGAUCCUCUUAGAUUCUAGUAAUGGUGCGUCUGACUAUGGCAACAAGUUUGGAGAGCCUUUGAUUCAAGGCUUCUGUAGAACUUUUGGAAUGAGACUUCCUAGUGGGGAAAGGCGGGAGUGGUUGAAACCAAUAAUGUUUAGUGCAGGCAUUGGACAGAUUGACCAUAUUCAUAUAUCCAAGGGAGAACCUGACAUUGGGAUGCUAGUUGUUAAGAUUGGAGGCCCUGCUUAUCGUAUUGGUAUGGGAGGUGGGGCAGCCUCGAGCAUGGUUAGUGGUCAGAAUGAUGCAGAACUUGAUUUCAAUGCUGUACAACGUGGGGAUGCUGAGAUGGCUCAAAAAUUGUAUCGUGUUGUCCGUGCUUGCAUAGAGAUGGGAGAGAAAAAUCCAAUUAUCAGCAUUCAUGAUCAGGGGGCUGGUGGGAAUUGCAAUGUUGUAAAGGAAAUUAUAUACCCAAAGGGUGCUGAGAUAGAUAUCCGAGCAGUUGUGGUUGGUGAUCACACAAUGUCUGUUCUAGAAAUUUGGGGUGCAGAAUAUCAAGAACAAGAUGCAAUCCUAGUGAAGCCAGAAAGUCGUAAUGUUUUACAAUCAAUCUGUGAUAGGGAAAAGUUAUCAAUGGCUGUGAUUGGUACUAUUAGUGGUGAUGGACGUGUUGUUUUAAUUGACACCUUAGAAACUCAGAAGUGUCUGUCAAAUGGACUUCCUCCUCCUCUCCCUGCUGUGGAUCUUGAAUUGGAGAAGGUACUUGGUGACAUGCCUAAAAAAUCUUUUCAUUUUGCCAGGGUUGUUUACGAGCAAGAUUCAUUUGAUGUAGCCCCAACUGUCACGGUAAUGGAUUCUUUGAAGAGGGUAUUGCAUUUGCCAUCUGUCUGUUCAAAGCGCUUCUUGACAACAAAAGUUGAUAGGUGUGUUACUGGUCUCGUGGCACAGCAGCAAACUGUUGGCCCUCUGCAGAUUCCUCUUGCCAAUGUCGCAGUUAUUGCACAAACUUUUACUGAUGUGACUGGAGGUGCAUGUGCCAUAGGGGAGCAACCAAUCAAAGGUUUGUUAGACUCUAAAGCAAUGGCAAGGUUAGCUGUUGGAGAAGCACUCACAAAUCUUGUAUGGGCAAAGGUCACUUCUCUUUCUGAUGUUAAGGCAAGUGGUAAUUGGAUGUAUGCUGCCAAGCUUGAUGGGGAAGGAGCUUUCAUGUAUGAUGCUGCUCAAUCUUUGUCAGAAGCAAUGAUUGAACUUGGUAUUGCUAUUGAUGGUGGGAAAGACAGCCUUUCUAUGGCAGCUCAUGCUGGAGGUGAAGUUGUUAAGGCUCCAGGAAACCUUGUAAUCAGUGUUUAUGUCACUUGUCCUGACAUUACACAAACAGUGACGCCAGAUUUGAAACUUGAAAAUGAUGGUAUUUUGCUUCAUAUUGAUCUGGCAAAAGGAAAGCGACGGUUAGGUGGAUCUGCUCUUGCCCAAGCGUUUGACCAAAUUGGGGAUCAGUGUCCUGAUCUUGAUGAUGUUCCUUACUUGAAAAGGGUAUUUGAGAAUGUCCAAGACCUUCUUACAGAUGGAUUGAUCUCUGCUGGACAUGACAUAAGUGAUGGUGGGUUGCUAGUUUGUGCUCUAGAGAUGGCAUUUGCUGGGAAUUGUGGGUUUAUCUUAGACUUGACUUCAAAAGGAAACAGCCUUUUCGAAACCCUCUAUGCAGAAGAACUUGGGUUAAUUGUUGAGGUAAGCAAGAAAAAUUUAGAUGCUGUGCUUGAUAAGUUGAACCGUGGUGGUGUUAUUGGUGAGAUUGUAGGACAAGUAACUGCUACUUCAUUGAUAGAAGUUAAGGUUGAUGGGGUGACUCAUUUGAAAGAGAGUACUUCUGUCCUUAGGGAUAUGUGGGAAGAAACAAGUUUUCAGCUGGAAAAGUUCCAGAGGUUGGCCUCCUGCGUUGAUACGGAAAGAGAAGGACUAAAACACAGAUGUGCACCUUCAUGGAAACUGUCUUUUUCUCCUUCCUUCACCAACCAAGAGUACAUACUUGCAACUUCAAAACCAAAAGUUGCUGUUAUAAGAGAAGAAGGCAGCAAUGGAGAUAGAGAAAUGGCUGCAGCAUUUUACGCUGCUGGUUUUGAACCAUGGGAUGUUACAAUGUCAGACCUUCUUAAUGGAGUGAUCUCUUUGCAGGAGUUCCGUGGGGUUGUUUUUGUUGGUGGAUUUAGUUAUGCAGAUGUUCUUGAUUCUGCGAAAGGAUGGUCUGCUUGUAUAAGAUACAAUGAGCCUCUUAUAAAGCAGUUUCAAGAAUUUUACAACCGUUCAGAUACUUUCAGUCUUGGAGUUUGCAAUGGGUGUCAAUUAAUGGCUUUGUUGGGUUGGAUACCAGGUCCACAAGUUGGAGGUGUUCUAGGUGCUGGUGGUGACCUAUCACAACCAAGAUUCAUUCACAAUGAGUCCGGGCGUUUCGAAUGCCGAUUUACAAGUGUGACAAUAAAAGGCUCACCAGCUAUAAUGUUUAAAGAUAUGGAAGGUAGUACACUUGGCGUGUGGGCUGCUCAUGGUGAGGGAAAAGCAUAUUUCCCAGAUGAAGGUGUGCUGGAUCGUAUUGUUCAUUCUGAUUUAGCUCCUCUAAGAUACUGUGAUGAUGGUGGCAAUCCAACAGAGAAAUAUCCUUUCAGUCUAAAUGGCUCUCCUUUAGGGGUCGCAGCUAUUUGUUCUCCAGAUGGACGACAUCUGGCCAUGAUGCCUCAUCCAGAGCGUUGCUUCUUAAUGUGGCAGUUCCCAUGGUAUCCAAAGCAGUGGAAUGUGGACAGAAAAGGGCCUAGUCCAUGGCUGCGCAUGUUCCAGAAUGCUAGAGAAUGGUGUUCAAGAAAUGAUUGCUCAGCUGUGGAAAAGUGAGAUUGAGGUUGCUCAGUUUUGAAGACAUUAUAUAGUUUACUGUAGACUAGUUGAAUUUACGACUUUUGCUAUUUAUGGAACUCACUAUUGGAUAAGUCAAUUUUCUUCAAGUGGGAACUGUAAAUAAUAUUUUGCUUGAACUAUGAGUUGCACUGGCUAUCUUUGAGAGAGAACAUUUUGCCUUGUUUCUUUUUUUCUUUCUUUCUUUCUUUUUUUGGGUUUUUGAAACAAUAUCUGAGCGAGUAUGGAAAAGGUCCUUUUUUUUUGUGGUGAAUAAUAUGUGAUCUGUAUUGCCUAGUGU